CCAGUCACUGUAUGGGAUCACAUGGUUUGUUUAGGAUGUUAUCAUUCUUGAGUGAUUGAAAAACAUGUUGCGCGAUUGAUUUUUUUGUGAAUAUUUUAACAAAGCCGUAAGCUGAUAUUUAAUAAUUCUGUUCUUUCAAUUUCAGGCUUGGCCUAAAUGGAACUAAAGUUUGGCACAAGCAACAAUUAAAUUUUUAGAGUCUUUUAAUUUCAAUACAAAAUCAUGAGGUCUUUCUUAAAGUUUCGGCUUCUCUUAUGGAAGAAUUUUUUAAUCAGAAAAGGAAAACCAAUAGUGACAUUGUUUGAAGUUGGAUUACCUACCCUGUUCUCUAUAAUUCUGAUGACUGUUCGACUAAGGGUGGAAAAUACCCCACACCCUUUUCCAACAAACUGGGAUGCAUGCUAUUACCAAAGUUUAAAUCCCAGGCUUGUUCCUAAUAAUAUUACCAAAUUCACGCUUGCCUACACUCCAUAUAAUGAGGCUACAAAUCGGAUAAUGGACAGAGUAAAUAAAACAUUAGGCAUACCUAUAGCUCCUUUUCCAAAUGAGGAUGAAAUGGUAAAGUUCAUCACUUUAGUCAACAGUACAGUCAACAACUCUAAUAUCUACCUGGGUGGAGUAGUUUUCACCAGUGAGUUUAACCAAGUCAAUGGCACAGUUGUGCCCAACAAAAAUGUGGUGUACAAGAUCCGCCUCAGCUAUGCACCUCGACUUGCUAAAGUGAAUAGAAAAUUCGGCUUCCAAAGCAAUACAGAAUGGUCAACCAACUUCAAGUUUCCACCGUACCAAAUAGUUGGGCCUCGAGAAAACAUGGAUCGCUGUGAUGGACAACCUGGAUAUGAAAUGGAAGGAUUUCUGGCCAUUCAGCAUGCUGUAGAUGACUCACUAAUGAAGGAGUUCCUGACUGAUAAAGCUUUUGUUAAGUACAAAUCUACAAAUCUGAAACUCAAGCGUCAACUAUAUCCUCCAUAUGUCAAAGACAACUAUGUACUGGUGCUCCAGCAACAAUUCCCUAUGGCAAUCAUGCUGAGUUUGGUGGUGACUGUCCUUAGUAUUACAAGGGACAUUGUGUUAGAGAAGGAAAGGAAACUAAAGGAGAGUAUGAAGAUGAUGGGAAUCAACAACUGGCUGCACUGGGUUGCUUGGUUCACUAAAUACAUCCUGUUUCUGCUCAUCUGCAUCUCAAUCAAGACUUUGUUCUACUGUAUUGUUCUAAACCAUGAGAAAGGAGCUGUCAUUGCAAAGACCAACCCUUUUAUUGUUUUUAUCUAUCUUUUCUGCUAUGCCGUUGCCACCAUCACAUACUGUUUUACCAUCAGCGUCUUCUUUGCAAAAGCCAACACUGGAGCAGCCAUAGCAGGGAUCAUGUAUUUUUGCAUGUAUAUCCCAUAUUUUUUCUUGCAACAAAGAUACACAACUCUAAGUUUUGUUGCCAAGCUGGUUUCCUGUCUGGACUUUCAGGUGGCCAUGGCAUAUGGUGGUACAUUGCUGGGCAUGUUUGAGGGAGUGGGCUCAGGGAUUCAGUUGUCAACACUUAACUCUGGUGUGUCUGUGGAUGAUGACUUCUCAAUGAUGUUUGUGCUCAUCAUGUUGAUUGUAGACUCAGUCAUUCACUGUCUGAUUGCCUGGUACAUUGAAGCUGUUUUCCCUGGGGACUAUGGUGUCCCACAACCUUGGUAUUUCCCAAUUUCGAGAAGAUAUUGGGGAUGUUGUCCAUCAUCCCAAGAUUAUAUUGAGCUUGAUGAUACUGUCAGUAUAGGGCAGGAUCCAUCCAUGUUUGAGAAAGAACCAAAUCAGAAGGCUGGAAUUAAAAUCAGAAAUCUAUGCAAGGUGUAUGGCAGUGGUAAGAAGAAAAAAGUUGCUGUCGCUGGGAUGACAUUAAAUAUGUAUGAAGGGCAGAUAACUGCAUUACUGGGUCACAAUGGUGCUGGCAAAACUACUACAAUGUCUAUGCUGACAGGUUUCUACCCACCAACCAGUGGCACUGCUCUCAUUAAUGGAUUUGAUAUCCGUCGGGAGAUUAGUGAGGUCCGCAGCAGCCUUGGCCUUUGUCCCCAACAUGACAUUUUGUUUGAUAACCUCACAGUGGAGGAGCAUAUGAUUUUCUUUGGUUUGCUUAAAGGUGUGCCCAGGAACCAGAUAAUGCCACAGUGUUCAGAAAUGUUGAAAGACAUGGAACUUUACCCCAAACUUAAGGCCAUGUCAAAAACCUUGUCUGGUGGGAUGAAGAGGAAACUUUCUGUUUGUAUUGCACUCAUUGGAAACUCAAAGGUAGUAUUUUUGGAUGAACCUUCUUCUGGCCUUGACCCUAAUGCUAGGCGCAACAUAUGGACAGUGUUACAAAAAAAUCGAGCUGGAAGGACUAUGGUACUUAGUACUCACUUCAUGGAUGAAGCUGAUUUGCUUGGUGAGAGGAUUGCCAUCAUGGCAGAUGGGGUUGUCAAGUGCUGUGGGAGUUCUCUUUUCUUGAAAAAGAAAUAUGGAGCUGGCUACCAUAUGGUAGUUGUCAAGGAACCCACCUGUGAUGUGAACAAUGUUGUAUGUGUGGUCAAGCAGCACAUCCCCACAGCUGAGUUAGAGAGCAACGUAGGAGCAGAGCUCAGCUUUAUACUCCCCCAAAACUGCGUGGAAAACUUUGAGGCACUUUUUUCAAAUUUAGAACAGAGACAGAGGGAGCUGGGCAUCAGCAGCUUUGGUGCCUCAGUCACCACAAUGGAAGAGGUCUUUUUAAAAGUAGGAGAGUCUGAUGAUAACAAUGGUAAAGAAAGACUAGCACAGAUUCAUGAUAACAGAAAGGCUAUUCUAACAACUAGGGAAAGCUCAGCCACAAUUAAUGGAACUCACACAACAAUCAUGAACAAGGCAUUCAAUAAAAAUGGUAAAUCUGAGCUCUUGGUCAAGGACAGAACAAAUGAAAGCUCAGCCAAAAGUAAUGGGAUUAAUAUGACUAACAGGAACAAAGCACUCAGCAAUUAUGUUAACAUUAAACACAUCAUAAAUGAGAGAACUGAGAGAGAGCCAGACAAUGCCAUGGUAGAUCUGUCACGAAGUAAUUUCUCUUCAUCUCAGGCUCUAAAUUUAAGUCACAGGCUGGAAAAAAACACGGGCAUGAAGUUGUUUUUGCAGCAGUUUGUGGCAAUGUUCAUGAAACGUGCCAUCCACACAUUUCGCAACAAACUCGUCACCAUCAGCCAGCUUGUGAUUCCUCUCUUCUUCACUGUCAUGGGCUUAACAGUGCUUAAAACUCUCCCAUCCUUCAUAGACAUGCCUCUUCUGCGCCUUGUCCCAGAGGACUUUGGGAAAAACUAUAUUCCUUACAGCACAGAUUUGUUUGAUGAGGACAUGGCUCAAACAUUUGCCCACCAGUUUAUGCCAAAAUCCCCUUCCAUACCAGUGGAUAUUUCUAAAGAACCUGGUUUUCAAAAUAAUUCUGAUGUUAAAGACUACCUAUUACAGAAAGGGAAGGAAGGGAUAGGAACAUACAACCUGAGGUACAUGCUUGCCUGGGAGUUCAACCACUCAUCCGUGACAUCUUAUUUCAACAACCAAGGGUACCACAGCAUUGCUAUCUCUCUGGCAACCAUGUUUAAUGGCCUUGUCAAAUAUUUUACCAACAGUUCUGAUUACAACAUUGAGACUGCCAAUCACCCUUUGCCUAGACUAGCUGUUAAUAAGGCUAAUGAUGAAGCCAGUGGAAAAGACUUUACAGGAUUCACACUUAGUUUCAACUUGAGUUUUGGCAUGGCUUUCUUAGCCAGCAGCUUUGUUGUGUUCCUUGUGAGAGAAAGCACAGUGAAGGCCAAGCACAUUCAGUUUGUCAGUGGUGUUCACCCAGUCAACUUUUGGGUGUCAACCUUCUGCUGGGACCUCAUCAACUACUUCAUCCCUUGCCUGUUAAUCAUUGCAUCUUACUUUGCCUUUUCUGUAAAAAACUUUACUGAAGAUCUGCAUUGGCUUCAGUUGAUAUUAAUUUUCCUGCUAUAUGGCUGGGCGAUGUUGCCGUUCAUGUAUUUCUUUUCAUUUGCCUUUACUGUACCAGCUACAGCUUAUGUAUGGAUUACCGUGUUCAAUAUUCUCACUGGUGUGGCCACCCUACUUGUUGUUGCUAUUUUAAGCAUUCCUCAAAUAGACUUGGAAGAUGUGUCAAUAGUUCUAGAGUGGAUUUUCUUGGCUGUAUUCCCAAACUUUUGUUUAUCUCAAGGAAUGUUGCAAUUUUAUCAAAACUACCAGUUUCGAGACCUAUGUCAGCAGAUCUAUGCUAAUAUGGGGUGCAGUCAUGGAGACUGUGGUAUUCCUUGUUUUCAUUACAACCAAAACUAUUUUGGUUGGGAAAAAAGUGGCGUUGGUCGAAUGUUGGUUUUUCUUGUUAUCCAAGGCUGUGUCAUGUGGACUUUAAUCUUUCUCUCAGAGUAUGGAAUCUUACAGAAGCUUCAGUACAUGAUGUUUCAAAGUCAAAAAGCUAUCAAUGUGUCAUCAAAGAACUACACCUCACAAAUGAGCAGAGACAGUGUUAUACAAGAAGAUGAAGAUGUGGCUAAAGAAAGAGAAAGAAUUGACAGCACUCCCCAAUCUACUCUUAUCAGCUCUGAGAAACUUGUGCUAAAAAACCUAACAAAGUAUUAUGAUGACUUCCGGGCAGUGGAUCAUCUGAGUGUAGGAAUACCAGCUGGGGAGUGCUUUGGUCUUCUAGGAAUUAAUGGAGCAGGAAAAUCUAGUACCUUUAUGAUGUUAACAGGAGACACUUCAAUUAGUAGUGGGGAAGCUUUCUUAGACACUUAUAGUCUUAAAACACAAAGGGAAUUGGCUCGCAAGCGCUUAGGCUAUUGCCCUCAGUUUGACGCAUUGAUUGGUCAGCUGACAGGCAAGGAAAUUUUGACCUUAUUUGCACGUCUGCGUGGGAUUAAAGAACAAGAUAUACCUGAAGCUGUCAGCAGUCUGAUGAAUGCAAUGACACUGACCCAAUAUGCAGACAAGCAGUGUGACACCUACAGUGGUGGCAACAAAAGAAAGCUGAGCACAGCCAUAGCUUUGAUAGGAGACCCAGAUGUUGUUUUCCUUGAUGAGCCAACCACUGGGAUGGAUCCUGUUGCCAGGAGAAUGUUGUGGGAAGUUUUGUCUGAUGUUCGAGACAGCGGGAGAACUUUAGUCCUCACCUCACACAGCAUGGAAGAAUGUGAAGCCCUAUGCACACGAUUAGCCAUCAUGGUAAAUGGGCAGUUCAAAUGUCUGGGCAGCAUACAACACCUGAAGAACAAAUUUGGGGAAGGCUACACAUUUACUGCCAAAGUGGCCUACCCUCCAGAUGGGGGCCCACCCAACAUGGCCCCACUGAUGGAGUUUAUAAACAGCACCUUUCCUAGAAGUAAACUGACAGACAUUCAUGAGAACAUGAUCAACUACCACAUCACUGACACCCAGCUCACCUGGUCUCAAAUGUUUGGGGAGAUGGAGAGGGCCAGAGAAAGACUUGGCAUAGAAGAUUACCUGGUCAGUCAGACCUCACUGGAACAAGUUUUUAUUUACUUUGCUCGCAUGCAAGAAGACCAAGACAAAGUUAAAAAUAUUGACACAGGAUGUUGUAUGUGUUGUUUUCCAUGCACCAGUCAUUAUGAUGUUGAUGAACCUGAAAUUCAGAGGACCAAACUUUGAUCAUGUUUUGUUUUUUUUCUACACGAGUUACUAAAACCAAGACAAGGAAAGGCUGGGGGUGUUGUAGUGUUUAUAUUUCAUGCACGAUCUUCUAUGAUAUGCAUGAGAAUGUACUACAGAGACUGAUAGUUUUUUUCCCCAAGUUAAAUGUGAUAUAAAAAUUGCUGUUAAAAUUUUAUCAGGUUUAUCUUGUUGCAGAUUAUAUUAUGAGCUUGAAAUUUGUCUGCAGAAGAUUAAUAUUGAUUGAUUUCAGAAAUUUACUUGAACUAACCUUAAGUAUUCACAUUUUUAAAAAAAAAUUAGGUAUUUGAAAUUUUGAUGUAGAGAAUUGGAUAAAGCUCUGCUAAUUUUCAGUGUUUGA